AUGGUCGAGCGACGCGUAGUAUGCCGCGCCUUCGUCGAUGGUACCUCGAAGGUCGAAACAGUGCGCGCGCGCCGGAAGCUGGAGCCGCUCAUCGAGCGCCUGCACGAGCGCCUGCACGAGCGCCUGCACGAGCGCCUGCACAAGCGCCUGCACAAGCGCCUACAUGAGCGCCUACAUGAGCGCUGGCUCCAGUCGUCGCCGGCGCAUGCGGUAGGUCAAGGAGCGCCGGACGCCCUCGGCGGGCACUGCAC